AUGAUCGGUCCUGUACGUCAAGUUAACCUUAACUUUGAUCAAAGUGGUCGUUCGAAGGGUACCGCAUCCGUUGUUUUUGCAAGGAAAAACGACGCCGUACGGUCUGUUGAUAAACUCAGAAAUAUUACCCUUGACGGUCGUGAAAUGAAGAUUGAAAUUGUCGUUGCUCCUAAUGCUGGUCCAAUUACUCAGCGUAUUGGUGGAAUCAAUGAAUCUCGUCCAUCCACACGUGGUACUGGAGGAAGUCGUGGCACUUCCACAAGAGGUCGAGGUCGCGGAAGUCGCAGAGCUGAUAAUAGACCAAAAAAGACACAAGAAGAAUUGGAUGCUGAGAUGAGCGAAUAUAUGCAGAUUGAUGAG